AUGGACGCCUUCAUCGAUACACAACUCCACCCUGUCGACACUUGCGUUGUGUGCACAGAGCCCUUCAGUGCUAAACACCAGCCCGUCACGUUGCCAUGCAAGCAUAUCUUCGGUCACGAAUGUAUCAAGAAAUGGUUGCGCAGUGGUCGUGGGAAUACAAGCAGUUGUCCGAAUUGUAGAUUCGUGUUUUUUGAGAAGAAAAACCCCAAAGCCGCUUUCGACGCGCCAUCAAUAUGGAAAGCAUUGUGCGAUCAGCCUCCGGAGCGACUUCACGCUUUCAUGGGCAAAGUCUGGGACGGGCUGCGUGUGCUCUGGCAGCGGAAGCCAGACGGCAAAUUCUCGGUUACAGAGAUCUUGGAUCAGGCGAUUAUCCCUGCGCUGGUUCAGACCGCAAGUGGUAGUGGAGCGCAGAUCCAAGAACAAGAUGCUCUUGCAGAUUGUUACAACCUUGUCGCCGCAUCCUGGGAUUCUCUAGGACGACCAAACAGUGCGCAUGGAUUGGCCAUUCCUCUCGUUCGUCUAGCACGUUUGAUGUCCGCCGCAUCUAGCAUGCUGCCAAAGUGGCUGACGACUGUGCCGCGAACAAACCGACUAUUCUGGAAGGCAAACGCGUGUCUUGGUCUCACCGAGGAGAAAAUCAACUGGGAUUGUUUGAUGGAGGCGGCGAAGUUGGAAAACGAGCGAUACUUUCCGCUGCUACAUCUUUACACCAUGCUCGCAUCGCAGAGCAUCGCGCACAACGCACAACCCACGCAAUGGCCUGUGCGACGACAUGAGGUCAUGAACCUAGUUCUCGAGCGGUGUUGUGUAAAGGUUGGAGGGGAUCACUGGAAAGGGAAGCCGUCGAAUCAAUUCAAGGACGUGUUGGUCGUGGUGUAUGAAGAGCUUAGGCGGUAUCAUCUGGAGAAGAACAGGAUGAGUCUGAGAGGGCACGAUGGAGAAGAGGGCGUUGUCAAGGGAGUCUGGGCACUCUCGAGUUGGAUCGUACGGAAGGAUGGUGCUGCUCGUUGA